GCCUAGCAAAUUCCUCCGAAUCAACCCCUCACCCGGCUUCCCUGUUUUUCCUGGCGCUUUUCUUCCACUCUCCUCUUUCACACCUCAAACUAUCCACUUUGUGACAAAUCCCGUAAUUUCCUUAGCAAACUUCUUGUUCUUUGAAAUGACGUUUUAUUCGGUUGAAGAAGAUAAAAAUAAUGCAUACUACGACUGGUUUCGUGCUACCUGGUUAGGAGAUCUCGAUCGCCUCAAGGAGUUGGCUGAGAACAAUGCCAAUGAAGGAGAUUUGGCUAAAACAAUAGCCAGUUGUAAGGACAAAAGCGGCCGAUCCAUUUUUCACUUUGCAGCGAAUGCCGGUAGAAAACGGAUAUGCAAGUAUCUCAUCGAGGAACUUAAACUGAAUGUCGAUGAUUUUAUUAAUGAUGAAGGUUUGACUCCUCUGCAUUCUGCAAUUCAAGGGGAACAACAUACUCUUGCAGUUUAUCUUCUUGACAAGGGGGCAAAUCCCAAUGUUGUGGAUAAUCACGACUAUACUCCUCUGCAUAUGGCUGCUAAAACGGGAUCUCUGAAACUUUUGGAGCAUUUAAUAAAAAAAGGCGCUGAAAUUGAUGCAAUAUCAGAUGCCGGAACACCAUUGACCAUUGCAGCAGAUGUUAACAGGAAAGAUAUUAUGAAAGUUUUGUUGGAUAACCAUGCCAAUCCAAAUGUUGACUCUAAUGAUUUGUCCCCACUGUAUAUAUCGGUUAAGAAAGGAUCAAUGGAAUGCGUGAAGCUGCUGCUCAAAGUAUAUAUUUUCAAUGGGGCACAUCCAAACUUUAUGACACGGGGAGAUACACCAUUAGGGAUUGCAGCCUUUACAGGUCAGACAGAAAUGAUCAAGUGCUUGUUGUGUGCUGAAGCUAAUCCAAAUAUCCGCAAUCUUAUGUUAAUGAUGUUUUACACUGCUUCGCUUUAUAUUUAUGAUGGACUUGGAGUGAAGUUUUAUCUUUGUAAUUAUGACAAUGAAUGUUUGAGAUAUCGCUUGACUACUUUGACAUGUAAAGUUAUUGCUCAUUUUGUUAAAUGUUACUGGUGCAAAUGUUUAAAUCUGAUUAAAACUUGGAAGUUUCUAGUCAUGGUUGGCGAGGUACCUAUUGAAGUUGCUGCAUUGCGUAACAAACGUGAAGCAGUUAUGUACCUGUUUCCAGUGACUUCUCGCAUUUCAACUAUUGAGGACUGGAGCGUUGAGGGAUUACUAAACUUCGUUGUCACAAAGGAUGCUACAAAAAGGUUGUUUGGUCUACUUUGGUUAGUUAUUGUAUUUUCGAAGAAGAAAGAGACACUGGAGAAGAAUUUCUCGAGUUCAAAAUCCAAGGGAGAAGAGGCUUUCAAAAGAAAGAACUAUCGUGAGGCAAUAAAUUGUUACACUGAGGUAAUCAGGCCUUACCGCUUCAUUUCUAGGUUGCAGCCAUCCAUACUUGCAAGUUUUAUGCCCUGCUUUCAAAUGUUCACUAAACCUGAUUGGUUAAAUGCAAAUUACUUGCAUCUGUUAACAGCACUCUCUUAUUUUCCUCUUGAUGGAGCAACCAUAUAUUCCAACCUCAGUUUGUGUUGGGCCCGCUUGAACAGAGCGGAUUACGCAUUGAUAGAAGCUGAAUCUUGUCUCAGUUUGAGGCCUGACUGGCCAAAGGCUUACUAUAGGGUAGGAAGGGCAUGGAUGCUAUCAAAAGUAAGCUGA